CUGAUAUGCAGUUCGUGGUUGGCGAAAGGCAGACGGUUUCUAUUAAAAAUAUUCAGUAUCCGUAUCACAAACCCACUGUUUAUCACAGUCUGGUGUUUAAAUAUCGGAGAUGACCCGGGUGGCUGUGCCCUGGAUUCUCUGCUGGGUUCAUGCAGCUGCCGCAGGAACUCACUCACUGCAGUAUUUUGCAGUGGCGACAUCAGAAGGGACCAAGACACCAGCGUAUGUAACUGUGAAUAUGGUGGAUGAUGUGCAAUACUCGUACUAUGACAGCACCAUGGAAAAACCUGUCCUCCUGCUCGACUGGAUGAAUAAGACUAUGGGUCGUGAGUUCUGGGAUAUACGUAUUCGGUAUAUUCUGCAUGGUCAUGAUAUCAUGAAAUGGAGUUUGAGAAAUACAAUCCAGCACUUUAAUCAUACUGGAGUUCACACUUAUCAGCAUGCGGGUGGCUGUGAGCUGGAUGAUGAUGGGACCAGGCGGGCAUAUUUGUAUCAUGCGUAUGAUGGGAAGGAUUUUGUUAGUCUUGAUGUAGAUACCAUGACCUGGACCGCUGCUGUGCCACAGGCUGUCUUCUAUAAACACAAGCGGGAAGCUGACACAGCCUUGCAACAGAUCACUUUGGACUAUCAUAGACAGGACUGUUUCCUGUUGCUGGAGUGGUGCCUCCAGUAUGGGAAGGACACCCUGCAGAGGAAAGCGGCGUGCGCCUAG